AUGAAGAAAUGGAUCAGUGACUGCUGUACGUUCCAUCAGCAUGCUUCACCAAAACGCAAUUCAAAUCCCACGCGCCUGAUAAAGCUGGGACGUUACGAAGAUGACGGUGCUCGACUAUACUCUCCGAAACAUCCGGUGGUAUUCACCGCACUCUCUUACCGUUGGGGACUGGGCAAGCAGUCCGGAACGACGAAAGAUAAUGUUACCAAACGUUACCAAGAGCUGAACACGUCAGACUUCCCAAAGACUCUCCAGGAUGCUAUUCACAUCACUAGGAGACUGGGUCUGGAAUACAUCUGGAUUGAUCGUGUCUGCAUCAUUCAAGAUGACAAAGAAGACUGGGCAAACGAGGCAUCUCUUAUGGCCGGUAUAUACGCAAGUGCGUAUGUCGUCUUGUCAGCGACAGCCACCGAAGACUGUGAAAAUGGCUUUUUACACAAAAGAAAGAAGCCCCUUCUUAUUCGAUACGCGCAACACGGCCAGAGAUCUCAAAAAGUAUAUGCAAGACGAAUCGAAAGCCACCUCUGUCACCGUAUGAAGCCGAGGACCGAUUAUAUAUUGCAUGGACGGGGCUGGUGUAUGCAAGAAAGGUUUCUAGCCCGUCGAAUCAUCCACUUUCUGCCGGAUGAGAUCCUAUUUGAGUGCCAGGCUAGAAGAGAAUGCGAGUGUGGCGCUGCUAGCAAUGAAGACGGAGACGAAUUCCCACAGCACGGAGGAUCCCCAGAGUACGGAGGAUACAGCAACUUUGCAAGAAUGCAAGCUGCUAAGAGUAUGGAAGAACGAGAACUUACAAUAAACUGGGCGAGGAUCGUGGACCGAUACAGCCGGAUGAAGCUCACGUAUGGGAAAGAUUCCCUUCCCGCGCUUUCAGGUAUAGCAGCAUGCGUGCAACAUCUGGACCCUGGAAAAUACAUUGCAGGCCUUUGGGAGAAAGAUAUCGCGAUUCAACUUGGAUGGUUUAUCUACCCGAAAGAUGAUCUGACGAGACGUUGGGAAGACCCGAAGGAUAUCAACAUUCUGGGUCCCACAUUCUCCUGGAGCUCACACGCGAUAAGUCCUGUUCGAUAUGCGUACUACCAUACAGCUCGAUCUUUCUGUGCUUUGGAAAGCUUCAACAUCAAGCUAGCUACAUCCAAUCCUUACGGUCAAGUUCGCGAUGCAACCAUCUGUCUCAGCGGAUGGUCAGUAUCCAGAUACGAUAUGAUUACAUUGUUCAGGACGCCUGUCGUUGGCUUUUACGACCCGUGUGUAUAUUUCGACUUUGGCCUUCAAUUUGAGUUUGAUCGGCAUAAGAAGUCUUUGCCAAGGGAUAAGAUGAUAGAAGAGCUGGAAAACACCAUAGGGUGGGAAUCUGUCAUGUGUUUUGGGUUGUAUGAGUACCAUAAUCCUAUAAUGAACACGGAUCAAGUCGACGCUCUUUUAGUGCAGCCCAGUAAGACAGAGGUGGGAAAGUACGUCAGGAUUGGAGUUGUUCUGAACUUGAAAAAGUCUUGGUUCAAGAAGACAGCGGUAGCAAGAACGAUUAAUCUAGUCUAG